GUCUUUGCAGUUGCAGGUCGAGUGAGAUAUGAUAUGGCGUCGGAGACCACCAAGAACGUGAAGGCCACCCUCGACGAGCAGGAGGUAACCUCGCAUCAGCGCGACCAGAGCGCUGCCGAGGAGGAGGAGGUGGUGGUAGUGGUGGAUCCGCUGGCGCGGCAGUCGUCCGUCAUGUCGCUUACGCUGGAGGAGCUGCAGAGCUCGCUCUGCGAGCCGGGGCGCAACUUCGGGUCCAUGAACAUGGACGAGUUCAUGGCCAACAUAUGGAACGCCGAGGAGUUCCAGGCCGCCACCGCCACCGGCGGCUGCAGCAAGCAGGAGGGCACGCAGCGGGAGCCGAUGAUGCCCGUGGCGAAUGGAACAGGUGAGAACGGAGGAUUGGUUCGGCAGGCCAACGCGGCGGCGCAGGCCGUGGUGCAGCCCCAGACGGGGAGCGGCGGUGGCGGCGGCGGCGUCGCCGCCAGCGGGCGGCAGCAGGUGACGCUGGCCGACAUGACGCUGGAGGACUUCCUGGUGAAGGCCGGCGUCGUGCGGGGAGCCUUCGCCGGCCACGGCCACGCGGUCGUCGGCAUGGCCCCAAUCCCAGCCGGGCGGAUGGGCAUCCAGCAGCAGCACGCGGCUCCCACGAUGUCGUACCAAGUGGCAGCGCCGGCGCCCAACGCCGUGUACCCGGUUAUGGGCAACGGCACGGGGUACCACAACGGGUACCCCAGGGCCAUCGCGGUGGUGCCGCCGUCUCAGUGCGUGACGGCCGCCGUGAGCCCGGGGUCGUCGGACGGGGUGAGCGCGAUGACGCAGGCGGAGAUGAUGAGCUGCAUUGGCAACGAAGGGGCAGGGACGGUCCGGAACUACGGCGGCGGCGGCGGCGGCGGCAGCGCGCGGAAGCGCGACUCCCCCGAGGACGCGUGCACCGAGAAGACCGUGGAGCGCCGGCAGCGGCGGAUGAUCAAGAACCGUGAGUCCGCGGCCCGGUCACGCGCCAGGAAGCAGGCGUAUACGGUGGAGCUCGAAGCUGAACUGAACCACCUCAAAGAGGAGAACGAUCGCCUCAGAGCAGAGCAGAAGACGAUUCUGCUAUCGAAGAAAAAGAAGCUGGUGGAGAAGAUGGUGGAGCAGGCAAGGGAGAAUGUGAGCGCCAAGAAGGGCGGUCGCGGGCUGCGCCGCUCGGGCAGCGCCAUGUGGUGAACUGUGACGACUGACGAGUGUCUCGAAUUGUGCAGUUCCAGUCCGCUUGCUUAGUUGCUUGUAUGGGAAAAAAAUCCUGUACCUGUCGGUAGCAGCACCGUUAGUAACAGUAUGCCAUGUGGUCGACACAAACGUCUGCGAGGGACGAUAUGGGGCAUGGGCGAGAGCUUCCGCGUUGGCCUGCUGCUGUUCAUGAGCCUGGGUUGUACAAACAAUAAAGCAACUGUAAGAUAGUAGUAAUUAAACACAAAGCUCUGUGUUUUCGUC